AAGAAAACGCUCAACGAUUCCCGUCACACUGAGCUGCGAAAGUGGUCGAGGAGACUUUAUUUUAUUUAAACGAACAACAACAACAAAAGAAAACACGUCUAAGGAGCAGACAUGGCGCUCACCGACGCUGACGUACAGAAACAGAUAAAGCACAUGAUGGCCUUCAUCGAGCAAGAGGCCAGUGAGAAAGUGGAGGAAAUUGAUGCUAAGGCCGAGGAGGAGUUCAACAUCGAGAAGGGCCGCCUGGUGCAGACUCAGAGGGUGAAGAUCAUGGAGCACUACGAGAAGAAGGAGAAGCAGAUUGAACAGCAUAAGAAAAUCCAGAUGUCCAAUCUGAUGAACCAAGCGAGGCUGAAGGUGCUGAAGGCCCGAGACGACAUGAUCACGGAUCUGCUAAACGAGGCCCGACAAAGACUUGCAGCGAUUGCAAAGGACCCUGCGCAGUACUCCCAGCUGCUGGAAGGCCUGUUGAUGCAGGGAUUCUACCAGUUGCUGGAGCCCAAAGUCACCGUUCGCUGCCGACAGCAGGACGUAGAAAUUGUUCAGGCUGCCGUUGAUAAGAACAUCCCUAUCUACAGGGAGGCCGUGAAGAGUAACAUCGCCGUGAGAAUCGACCAGGAGCGUUUCCUUCCAUCUGAAAUCUGUGGAGGUGUUGAAGUGUACAAUGAUAAUGGGAAGAUCAAGGUGUCCAACACUUUGGAGAGCAGGCUAGAACUCAUGGCACAACAGAUGAUGCCUGAAAUUAGAGUGAACCUGUUUGGCGCCAACCCCAACCGCAAGUUCACGGAUUAACGGUGGAUUUGAGGAGAGCGGUGAAGACUCAGGUGGAAUAUUUAAGGUGACCACAGCUUCUCCGUAGUGAGUCUGUAGAGCCACCGGUCAGCUGUCACGGUCAGAAAACCCUCAACAGGAUGCAAUGGAUGUAUUCUUCUUCUUUCUUUUUUUAUACACUGAUGGACGAAGUAAUAAUUCAACAAUCACACUGUUAAUUCUGUUUAAAUGUGCUCUAUCUGACCUCUCCUGGGAUGUUCUAAAGGACUGCUUCAUAUUUUAUCCUUCAGUUGUUUCAGGUAACCUCCUGAUUUUUGCUACUUGAUCACCAAGCUGCCUUUUGUUUAAAUCACCAAAGAUUCUUGCACAUAGUUGGUCUACAUUUUUGUAGACGAUGAGGUUGACAACUUAACAAGCAUAACGUUUGCAUGCGUGUAAGUGUGUGUGUGUGUGUGUGUGUGUGCGUGUGUGUGUGGACGGAGAUGCAAUUAACAUACAAAACCCCAAAGAAAUAAAAUUGCGUGACGCAGAGAA